AUGUCCGAGCCAAAGCGACGAAAAGUCGAUUUUGAAAACAGGAUAUUUCAAGCAAAAUGGACUGAAGAUUUUUUCUUUAUUCUUCCACCUCAUAAAAAUGCGAAACCAACGUGUCUAAUUUGCAACGAAACAGUUGCUGCGUGUAAAGCAGCAAAUAUAAGUCGUCAUUAUGAGACUAAACAUUUGAAAAAAUAUGACAAAGAUUUUCCAAAGGGUUCUUCACUGAGAAUUGAAAAAAUUAAUAUCCUUCGUUCAUCAUUUGAGCAUUCUCAAAUAAUAAUGAAACGCUCAACGUCUGACCAGGAAAAAUGCACUGAAGCAUCUUUGCGUGUUGCAUGGAUUUUGGCUAAACAUAUGGUGGCAUUUUCAUAUUCUGAGGUAGUUAAAGAAUGCUUGAUACAAGUCUCAAAUGCAGUUUUCAAUAAUAAAAAAGAAAUUACUGAAAUGUUUAACAAAAUUCCAUUAUCUCGUGAUUCUACGAUUCGUAAGACCGAAAUUUGCGCAAAAUCAGUUCGUGAGAGUAUAUUGGCUGAUCUUACUAAAACACAGUUUUUCUCACUUGCGAUUGACGAAUCUACAGACAUAUCUGAUGUAGCACAAAUGGCUGUGUUUGUUCGUUAUAUUCUUAAUAAUAAUUAUAAAGAGGAACUCUUAACAUUGUUGCCACUGCAUGAUCCAUUACAACAUCGCUUACUCCGAGCUUUUCUCGAAGAAUGUAAUUCUGAAUACACAGAUCUUCUUUUGCAUAACGAUGUUCGCUGGUUGAGCAAGGGAAAUGUACUCAAAAGAUUAAUAACUUUGCUAAGUGAAAUUUCAGAUUUUCUCAAAAGUAGAAAUACAAAAACGGCUACCGAAUAUUAUGAAUUUCUUUGCAAUGCAAAUAAUACUGCUAAAUUAUGCUUUUUGUGUGAUAUGUUCUCACAUAUUAAUGACCUGAAUUUAGCUUUGCAAGGAAAGGGAAAACUGAUUUGUGAUAUAUGGGAAAAAAUUAAAGCUUUCCAAAGAAAGUUAAAACUAUUUGAAAAUGAUUUGAAUUCUAGAGAGCUGAUACAUUUUCCGUUAUUAAAAGCACAUUUUGAAAGCAAUGAAAAAAUUCCACAAUUUAAGGAAUACGAGCGCUUUUUGAAAGAUAUGCAAACUGAAUUUGCUUCCCGAUUUACAGAUUUUGGACAGAUUGACGACUUAUUAAAAGCAAUGCAAAGCCCAUUCAGUCUUGAAACAAAUGGUAAUUGGGUUAAUGCAGCAGUGCAACUGUUUACUCUCGAAAAAGCUAAACUGCAACUUGAAAUUAUUGAAUUUCAAGAGAGUAAUGUGCUGCGAGAGAAAUUUGCCGAAACAGAUAUUACACAAUUUUGGAUAGACACACUCCCUGAACAAUCUUAUCCAAAUCUAAAACAAAUGGCAAAUGCAAGAAAAUACAGAACUAAAACUAAUGGAAUAGCCACCCCAAUCACCCGAUUUGAAUCCCACAGAAAAACUAUGGGACCACCUGGUCAGAGAAGUUCGGAAACAAUAUCAAAGGUCAGAAAAACAUUUGUGGAAAAUACUGGAAUCAAAAUGGAAAAAGGAUCAUAG